AUGUCUUUUUUUGGCUUUGAUACCUCUCGAGGUGAGAAACAGAAUUAUCAUAAUAAUAAUACUGAUAAAAACACUCCUUUGGAUUUCGAAGAAACUUAUAGAGGUUAUGGUGAAAAACAUAAAAAGUAUGGUAAUGACGAUGCAUAUGAUUUAUUAAAUAGUGAGACUUUUGGAGAUAGUGCUGUUCAAGAUCUAGAUACUGAUUUUGAUUUUGGUUAUUCUAACGAUAAUGUUCCUGCUACAACUACUACUAACAAUAAUAAUAAUAAUAAUAAUAAUAAUAAUACUAAUAAUAAUAACAAUAAUGUCUCGUAUGCUGCUAUUGCUUCUAAUGCUUCUAUCUCCACUCAUAAUCCGAACGUUGAAGUUUCUGAUAUUAAGCCUUUGGAUUUUUUAUGGGGUAACGCCAACACAAGAACUAGCCAACAAUCUCCUGUUGUUGAUACUGCUAUCCCCACUCCGAAUAAUUUGGUUGAAUCAAAAAAGGUUUUAUCUUUGGAAGAAAUUGAGGAACAAAAUCAAAUGUUUCAAAAACGACAUUUGGCUGCUGCUGCUGCCGCUGCUCAUGUAGGCCAUGUUUCUUCUAAUGGCAUUCCAAAUAAUCCUCAGCAAAAACAAAUUCCUGUUUUGCCUCAAUUUAACCAGCAAUUUGCUGGUAUUCCUGGUUAUCCGUUUAUGCCAAUGAUGCAGAGUCCACUACCACCACAAAUUAUGCAACCUCCUCCUAUGACACCUUCACAUCAUAAUUCUCAGCAAUUACAACAAAAUCCCCACCUUAUUCAAGUGCCAUCAUCAUCAUCUGCACUUUCCAAUGCCCCAGAUAUUAUUAAUGGGGCUGAUAACAAUCUUGGACCUUCUAAUUUACCCAAUAUUCAGAUGAAUUCUCCUAAUUUAGCCAAUGUUCAGAUGACUCCUCCUAAUAUACCACACCAAAUCUUGCCUUCAUUAGAUCCACUUACUCAGCAACCUCGUUAUAUUACUAGUAAUAACAAUAAUAAUAAUAAUAACAGUGAUAAUAAUAAUAAUAAUAAUAAUAAUAAUAAUAAUAAUAAUAAUAAUAAUAAUAAUAAUAAUAAUAGUAAUAGUAAUAAUAAUAAUAAUAAUAUUGGUGGUAACAACAACAUUCGUCAGCCACUAACCGAAGAGGAAGUUCGUAAAUUCCAGAUUCGCCAAAGCAAAGUUGAUAAGAUUUUAAAAAACUCAGGCGUUAUGACACCCAGAGAUAAAGAUUUUAUUACCCGUUUUCAAUUAUCCAAGAUUGUUACUGAGGAUCCUUAUAAUGAAGACUUUUAUUUCCAAGUUUAUAAGAUUAUUCAACAUGGUGAAACAAAAACUAAUAAAGAUUUGAUUGCACGUGCCUAUUUAGAGCAUUCUGGUCACAGAUUAGGUGGCCGUUAUAAAAGAACUGAUGUUGCCUUGCAAAGAAUGCAAUCACAAGUGGAAAAAGCAGUGACUGUUGCUAAAGAAAGACCAUUAAAAUCGAGAAAUCAUGUUUUAGACAAGGAAGGCGUUUUGGGGAAGGUUUCUUCUACUUUAAAUAGCAAUGCCCCUCGUAAAAGAUUAACCAUUCCUUCGUCACCUGCCAAUACUGUGUGCAAUACUGAUGAGGUUACUGAUAUGUUAAAUAAAGUCAACAUUGGUAAUGGUAUUUUGUCAAAUAAUGAUAAUAGCAGUAGCAGCCUGGGAAGGGGAUCAAACUUUGGCUUUGGUUCAUCUGACAACUUGGUUUCUGAUGUGAAUGUUCACUCCCGUAAAAUGAUUUUAAACUUAAUUGAAAACGUUUACGAUGAGGUUUUGGAAUUGGAAGCACAAUUGAGAAAUGGUCAAAAAGUUGAUACAACCUCAUUAUUCAAUUUGCUAAACUCGCAACCAACUGCGGAAGAGGGAAUCACCACCAAUAAUACUACUAAUACUACUACUACUACUUCGGUUACCACUAGUCCUUUUAUCUCCUUGUUAUCUUAUGACAAAGGUGUUAAGAUUGUUCCUCGUAUUUUUAAUUUCCUAAACAAAGAGCAAAAAUUACAAUUAUUGUUUAAAUUUUUUUCUCAACUAAGCCAUUUGGAUACCAUUGUUAUUUCCUCGUAUAAAACUAAUCCUCAUUUGACCAGCACCCAAAUUAAAAAAAUUGAUCUAUUCCAAAGUAUUUUUUUGAAGAUUAUUGUUUCAUUUUUGAGUAAUAGUGCUGAAUUUUUGGAAGUUAUUGGAUUAUUGGUUUGUCUACUAAAAAAUAACAAUGUAUCAUAUAUAUCUACAUCUAGAAUUGGAUUGAACUUGAUAACAGUUUUAAUAAGUAGGGCAGCUUUAAUUAAACAAGAUAAUAAUAGAACUAUAUCCACGCAAGAAGUUUCUACCUGGAAUGAAGUUUAUGAUAGAUUAUUUACUAGUUUAGAAACAAAAUUAGAGUUAGUUUUUCCACCAUCGUCAUAUUAUGAGGGUGAAAAGGAAGAACAAUCGGAUCAGGCUUAUAUCUGGCAGUUUUUAGCAAGUUUGGCCUUGAGUGGUAAAUUAAAUCACCAACGUAUUAUCAUUGAUGAAAUUAGAGAUCAAAUCUUUGGUACAAUUAAAAAAGCUGACGAAUUGGGCAGCAAUGGAAGUAAUAGCUAUUUGAGGGAUAAAUUGUAUCAAGAUUUGAAUUUAUUUUUGAAUGUUAUGGGAUUGGUUGCUAGAGAUGGUGAAAUUGGUGAAUUAAAAUGA